AUGCGAGUCACGGAUGGAUUGGUUUACCUCUUUGCUGUGGCCAACAUAGCGGCAUACGGCUCGGCCACAGAACAUCUCAACCAGACAGUGUCUGCAAACUGUCAACAGGCUUGUAUCCAACUUUCCACAGCGUUCGGAUCUGCCUUCCACUACAGCAACGACAACUUCACCAUAUGGGACGCGAAACAACAGGAAGUCCACCCAGCCUGCCGCGUUGAGCCAUCCAAUGCUCGGGAUGUUUCCAAGAUCCUGAACAUUCUCGUGGACCGCUGGUGCCACUUUUCCAUCAAGGGUGGUGGUCACUCGCGAAACCCCGGAGACUCCAACUCGUCGGGCGGUGUUACCGUCGACCUCGAUCGGAUGAGAGGCGUAGAAGUCUUGGGCGAUGGCAAGGCGCGUGUUGGCGGUGGUGCCAAUACGCUCCAAGUGUACUCGGCGCUAGAAUCUCACAAUCUGUCCUUUGUUGGUGGCCGAGUUGGCACUGUUGGUAUAGGCGGGUUUACCCUUGGUGGUGGAACUUCUCCCCUUUCCAACAAGUAUGGCUGGGCGUUGGAUAACGUGUUUGAGUAUGAGGUCGUGCUAGCUAAUGGAACCAUCACCACUGCAUCAGAGACUCACAAUCCAGACCUUUACUUUGCUCUCCGCGGUGGUGGUAAUAACUUUGGCAUCGUUACGGCAUUUACUGUUCGAACCUUUCCCCAGGGCCCGGUGUUUACCAGCAUGACCUCCUACUCUUCCAACCAGUCAGAGCAAGUCCUUGACAGGGUCUAUGACCUAUACACAGAUCCAGUUCUGUCAGGGGAUGUGAAUAUGGGCUACGAUCUUUACUACACGUAUACUUCUGAGAGUGAUGCCUUUGCAUUAUCAGGCACCCAACGCUACGCAGACCCCGUCCAGCAGCCUCCAGUCUUCCACGACAUCGACCAGAUACCCACAGUAAGCAGGGAAACGACGAUAGGCUCUCUCAGCAGCCUGGUGAACGACUCCAGCCCGAUGGGCACUGCCCGACAUCUAUUCGCAACCCUGAGCGUGUCCCCAUCACGCUCUCUCCUCUCGCAAGGUCUUCAUAUCUUCGAGCAGGAAGUCGAAGCAAUCAAAACCGUGUCCGGCUUGGUUCCCAACUUCAUCUGCUAUCCAUUACAGCAGAAUGCCAUUCAGGCAAUGAAGCAGCGAGGCGGGAAUGCUCUGGGCAUUGAUCGUGACGAGCCCCUGUUUAUUAUCCUAAUUUCUACCGCCUGGUCUCACAGCCACGAUGAUGCCCCCGUUGAGACAAUGACUGCAAACACGAUUCGGAGGGUCCAGGCAGUAGCUGAAGAGCUGGGAGUUGCGAAUCGGUAUCGGUACAUUAACUAUGCGGCUGCUGCGCAGGCCGAUUCGAUCUUUCAGGGUUACGGUAAGGAGAAUGAGCAGAGGCUGAAAGAGAUUCAAAGGGCGCUUGAUCCUCGGGGGAUUUUCACCUCUAAAGGACUGUGGUCGGGGUUUGUUAAAUUGCUGUGAUGAUGUACAGAGCCGAUUUGAGGGUUAAGUGAAGGUUAGAUGUAGCUACAGCGGAGCUCUCGGAAACUCAUGCACUUUGUUUAGCC